CCCAGCCAGAGUCCUGGGGAGCGGGGCUGAGCAGGGCGGAGUGAGACUGAUGGCAGCCAAGUGGGACCCCGAGGGGAGCGCGGCGUCACAGCCGCUGCUCACCGACCUCUACCAGGCCACCAUGGCGCUGGGCUACUGGCGCGCAGGCCGUGCGCAGGUCCACGCUGAGUUCGAGCUCUUCUUCCGCCGCUGCCCGUUUGGAGGCGCCUUCGCCUUGGCAGCGGGUUUGCGUGACUGCGUGCGCUUCCUGCACGACUUCCGCCUGCGGGACGCAGACGUGCAGUUCCUGGCCUCUGUGCUGCCCGCAGACACAGACCCCGCGUUCUUCGAGCACCUUCGGGCCCUCGACUGCUCUGGGGUGACAGUGCGGGCCCUGCCUGAGGGUUCCCUCGCCUUCCCUGGCGUACCACUGCUGCAGGUGUCUGGGCCGCUUCUGGUAGUGCAGCUGCUGGAAACUCCGCUGCUGUGCCUUGUCAGCUAUGCCAGCCUGGUGGCCACCAACGCAGCCAGGCUCCGACUGAUUGCUGGACCAGAGAAGCGGCUGCUGGAGAUGGGCCUGCGACGUGCUCAGGGCCCAAAUGGGGGUCUCACAGCCUCCACCUACAGCUACCUUGGUGGCUUCGACAGCAGCAGUAACGUGCUUGCCGGGCAGCUCCGGGGCAUUCCAGUGGCCGGGACCCUGGCCCACUCCUUCAUCACCUCCUUUUCAGGCAGUGAGGUGCCCCCUGACCCGAUUUUGGCUCCGGUUUCCAGUGAGGGCCCUGGGGUGGACCUGGCUGCCAACGUACAGAAGUGGCUGGAGCGGGUGUGUGCCCACCUGGGGUUGGGGGUGCAGGAACCGCACCCAGGGGAGAGGGCAGCCUUUGUGGCCUAUGCACUGGCAUUUCCCCAGGCCUUCCAGGGCUUGUUGGAUUCCUACAGCGUAUGGAGGAGCGGUGUACCCAAUUUCCUGGCGGUAGCCCUCGCACUAGGGGAGCUGGGCUAUCGGGCCGUGGGUGUAAGGCUGGACAGUGGUGACUUGCUUCAGCUGGCCCAGGAGGUCCGUGGGGUCUUCCGGACCACUGCAGCCCACUUCCAGGUGCCCUGGCUGGAGUCAGUUCCCAUCGCCGUCAGCAACAACAUUGAUGAAGAGGAGUUGGCUCGGCUAGUCCAGGAGGGCAGCGAGGUGAACGUCAUCGGCAUUGGCACCAGCGUAGUCACCUGCCCUCAACAGCCUUCUCUGGGCUGUGUCUAUAAGCUGGUGUCUGUGGGGGGCCAGCCUCGAAUGAAGCUGACCGAGGACCCUGAGAAGCAGACCUUGCCAGGGAGCAAGGCUGCCUUCCGGCUCCUUGGCUCCGAUGGGUCUCUGCUGUUAGACCUGCUGCAGUUGGCAGAAGAGCCACCUCCAAAGGCCGGGAAGGAGCUAAGGGUUUGGCCUCGGGGGGCUCAGGAGCCCCGUACUGUAAGGCCAGCCCAGGUGGAGCCACUGCUGCGACUCUGGGUCCAUCAGGGACAGCCAUGUGAGCCACUGCCAUCACUGGCAGAGUCCAGGGCCUUUGCCCAGCUGUCCCUGAGCCGCCUCAGCACUGAGCACAGGAGGCUGCAGAGCCCUACACAGUACCAGGUGGCACUGUCAGAGAAGCUGCACGACCUUGUGGACAGUCUGCGGGGAGGGCCCCUGUGAGAAUCCUGGUGGUAGGAGCUGCCUAGAGACAACAUGAAUUACUUGCUGUCCUCUA